AUCUGCAUGGAUCGGGCAAGUCACGAGUGGCAGGCACUUUGUUGCAUCAUUCAGACUCACGACUUUCAAUGACCCUUCGUCAACACUCCAUGUCGGUACUCGAUGGACACCUCACAUCGAUGGCACGGUCCACGUCGUAGCAAAAUGGGCACAGCUCCUUGUCUGAAUUGGUGCAUUCAGCCUCAAUAAGCGAGCCGGCGUUGCGCGAUCGCGAUCGCGAUACUCUGUCCCUCUCCAUCCUAUGGGUGCGCAUUCUUCUGAGUACUCGGCACAUCGAAACAGCUUGGGCAUAAGUGCGGGAAAAUGAACGCCGAGUCCAAUUUGAGCUCAGGCGCCAAGGAGGAAGGAGGAAGCGUCGCACUUGAUCGACACACGCCCACCUCUACCACGCUGGAAGGUCGAGCGUGGAUGUCCAGCGACUCGGGCGAGUCUGUCUCUUUGCUGCACCAGCUCAUGGCGACCAAUCACAAUAAUAGCGUCGACGCAGCGGGCGGUGGUAGUAGCAUCAUUUCCAGCACUAACGCUGCAGUGGAGGCUGCUAGUCACGGGGUCGUGAUGGCGACGGAUCAAAUGAUUGGGAAUCGCGGCAUGGACUUGCCAGGCUUGGACAUGGGAAAUGGCGUCGGUAUUGGAAUGGGAAUGGGGAUGGGAACAGGCACGAGCAUGUCGGCAGGGCUCGCCAUGCCUUCCGACAUCGCAUCCACAAUGGACGGCAGUAUGGCCAUGUCGAUGGGAGAUCCGAUGGCCAGCGCCUCGGUCCCGUACUCAGUGGACCCGAGUAUCGGUCUACCAAUGCAGCUGCCCCUUCAGCUACCCCUCGGCUCUCUUCCAGUGAUGCCCAACUCCACUUUCCAACAAUCUUUUCCUAGCACCUUUCAGCAAGUCCCUGCAUCACCACCGACGGCGCAUCGCAUUGCCAUUGCGCACCUUCCCUCUCUCUCUCCUCAAAUUCUCCCGCCAAUGAUGCACUCUCAUCUCCGAGUCGUCCAUCGCGCUUCUCAGCUUGGCAGUCUUUCCUUCGAGGUCAGGCAGCUCAGAGCCGAUGGGCUUCAGACCUUGCCUGAAGCGCAAAAUGCGCACGAAGGAGCACCAUCCUCUUCAGCUCGCAAGAUGAGGAAAGCUUUCAUCUUCUCUGGCAGCCAAAUUUCUAAUCAAGGAGCGGAAGGGGAGGGAAGUCAAGGUGGAGCGAAGCGGAAACGCAAGCGGAGCAAAGAGCUCAGCAUGGAGGUUGUGCAAUCCUACUUUGCCAAGCCUGGAGCUGGAUACAUGAUCGUCACAGACCCUUCAAGACCGACAAAGGAGGAAGUCCGAAUGCAAGAAGCUGCCCGACUCUUUGGUCUGCCCAUCAGCGCGGGAUCGUCUUUGGGCGAACAAGGGUUGGUGAGAGGAUCGAACGAACAUAUGAGGGAGACGUUGAGCACAUUCUCGUCCGCUCAGCACAUCUCGAUGCUUUUGCAGAGGUGCAAUCUACCUCCGCCUUUGGGAGCUCCAUCUUCAGGCGAUGGAGGCUCAGGGCGUAAAGCUGUGGCGGCAAGAGGAGGCGACGGCGGAGCUGGCGCUGGUGCGAACGCACCUGGAGCGUGGAUCAAUCGCGGCUUGAUGGUCAGAGGCGAGGGCACUGUCUGGACAUUCGAGACUGGGCAGAGUGCGCAUGACGGCCAUAGCCACCGCGGCGCCAUGAACGACGCGGCGUCCCUGGAGGAAUGGGUCGUCUUUGUGGGAAAUUGGGGAGUGGGAAGAGACUUGACUCAUGGCUUCAUGCAGGCCGUCUACUUAGGAGAUGCAAAGGUCCCACCAAUCGAUGCUCGCGUGAUUUUGAACUCUCUUCUCCCUCCUUCUUUCAUUCAACUCAACAGCGGUCUGCACGCGACUUCUGGCGGCCAGACGCGGCCAAAUGUUCAGGGUCCGAACGCCAAUGGGCUCAUCGUUCCCGUGUUCGCAACCCUUUCGGCAGAGAGCUGGGCAGAAAUCAGGGCUCCCAUCCACAGACGUCGACAGGAGUCGAAGAAAAGCACCAUCAAAGCCGCUCGCGAAGCGGCAUCGAGCUCCUCGGGGAUGGAGCAUGCAGCAAUACGUGCAGCGGUAGGGCACGACAACAAGCGCGGCAAUCAUGCAGUAGAUGGCAAGUCAAAGAAUACGCUCAUUCGACAUACAAAAGGACAGCCUGGCAUAGGAGACGGGGAAAAAAUACCUGGAGAGGUCCAGGCCUGGGCCUGGAUCAGUCUGAUAAGACAAUUGGGAUUCCUUUGAACUUGCGAGGACAAUAUGGUGCAAGCGGCAUGAUUGGAGAUGCAAAGGCCCGAGAAGAGAUGUAGAUGGCUCCCAAUGAUGCGGCGAUUUUAGAUGUUGCUUGAGCGUGACGUUUGUACGCGUUGAGAAAGGUUCGAAUUGAAGCGGCGGACUU